CCGGCCGCCGCCCGCCGUUCCGCGGCCGCGCCGGGGCAGCGGAGCCCGCCGGAGCCGCAGUGGUCAGACAGAAUGGCUCCAGUGAACCAGCCAAAGGACAAGAAGCAUGAGAGGACACGUGAGCAUUGUCCAGAAGAGGCAAAAUCAGCUGGGAAGAGGAAACUGGACUACGAGGAACUAGGGAAUGAGCCACAAGCAAAGAGGUUGUUUGUGAGAAAAACAUCUAAACGCCCAGAGAAAAUCGGUAGGAGUGGAGGUGGCUCUGUGGCGAGAAGCAGCAGUGUCCUUUGCCAUCAGCUGGAGCAGCAGUGCAGCAUUGUUCAUUACGUCUACCAGAACAUGCUGGGAGGCUCCAUUCGGGCCCAGCUUAGGCAGUGCCUGCAGCUGCCCUUUCUGCGUUCUCUUGCCUCCUACCGCCUCUUUCGAACAGCAAGUCCCUUUCACAGGAGAGUGACGUGCCUGGAAUGGCACCCAACGCACCCCAGUACUGUAGCUGUUGGUUCUAAAGGUGGAGACAUCAUUCUUUGGGACUAUGAAGUACUUACUAAAACCUGCUUCAUAAAAGGGAAAGGGCCAGGAGAUUCACUUGGAGACAUCAGGUUCAGUCCUUACGAGGCAGUGAAGCUUUAUGUGGCGUCAGGGGAUGGCACCCUAAGCCUGCAGGACCUUGAGGGCAGAGCGGUGCAGGUGAUCUCCCGUGCCCCGGACUGUGGCCAUGAGCACCAUGAUGUUUGUCACUGGUACUGCAGCGUUGAUGUUUCUGCAAGCAACCGUGCCGUGGUGACAGGGGAUAACGUGGGCAACGUGGUCCUGCUCAGCACUGCCGGUGAAGAGAUUUGGAAGCUGAAACUACACAAGAAGAAAGUGACUCACGUGGAGUUUAACUCCCGAUGUGAGUGGUUGUUGGCCACAGCAUCUGUGGAUCAGACAGUCAAAAUCUGGGACCUCAGAAACAUCAAAACCAAAACAAGUUAUCUUCAUGUGCUUCCUCAUAACAAACCUGUCAAUGCAGCUUACUUCAGCCCCAUAGAUGGUGCCAAGCUCCUGAGCACAGACCAGCACAGUGAAAUCAGGGUUUACUCAUCUCCAGACUGGACCAAGCCCCAGCAUGUGAUCCCACACCCUCACCGGCAGUUUCAGCACCUCACACCUAUUAAGGCAACGUGGCAUCCUCGCUACGACCUCAUUGUGGCAGGUCGCUACCCAGACCCCAAGUUCCCGGGGUACACGGUGGACGAGCUGCGGACUGUCGAUGUGUUCGAUGGCCACACUGGGGAGAUGGUUUGUCAGCUCUAUGAUCCAAAUGCUUCUGGUAUUGUCUCGCUCAAUAAAUUUAACCCUAUGGGAGACACGCUGGCUUCUGGCAUGGGCUUUAAUAUUCUGAUCUGGAGCCGGGAGGAGAUGGUGGCCAAGAAGCAAGAACAUCUCAUGAAAGCCAUGACAGAACAGGGGGUUCGAAGCUGGAGUUCGUCCAGACGUGGAGGGCAGAGGCAAGCAAAACCUGGCACCAGCAAACUCAGAGCUAACUCACUGUCUUGGGAGGUGGAGGGGAUGAGAACAAAAAGCAAGGAUACUAAAUCACAGGGAAGGAAGUGAAAGGGGAAGGAUCUAGAGGACUGAUUUAGUAUCUCAAUCCUUUUUGGAUCACAGAGCACAAGUUCCGUGUUGGCGACGGGCGGGAUAAGUUGUGCAGGGCAUUAGACCUACUCUGUCCUUGCUUCCCCAAUUCUCUUGGUCUCCCCUUUUAGAAAGUUAUGUCAGUACUCAGUUCUUCCAAGUGGAGUUACCACUCACUUUCUGAGGCACUAGGGAAAUGUCUAAGGUGUUCUCAGAUCCUGCUGAAGUGACUGCUUCCAGCCUGCCACAUCUGCUUGUCCUCAGAGGUUGCCAUCACCUGCAGUCUGCUGUGGAGCGGCUCAUGACAGGGUUCCCAGCCUGUUCUAGUCAAACUGAGCUGAGAAUCCCUUUGCUAGCAAGAUCAACAUGCCAGAAAGUUAGAAUGCUCACAGGGGAGGUGAUGGGAUAGCUUGGGUAGCCUGGGGAACACCAGCCUCUCCUAUAUAUAAACUUUCCAGACCUCAGGCCUGGCCCAUCCCAUGCUUGCAGCUUUUUAGCUAGACCACGAAGAAGAUGGUGAUGCCAGAGCUCUUUACCUACCUGGCAGGAUGCAAGGCCAGCAACUGGGAACCUACUGAUUCUGUAGCUUGUUUUCAGAGCUCUAGGCUUUUUAUUGCCACUUGAUAGGGUCCUUUUUUUUUCACCCGUGCCUCUGUGCUUCAGAACGUUGGGUAAAUGUAGAGCAGAGAGGAGGCAUUUUCUUCCCAGCACCCCUGUUCAGACCCAAGUCUCGAGACUGCUGUUACACUGAAAGGUUUUGCUUUUUCAAGUUUGUUUACCAGGCUGCCUGGGGCGGCCUUGCUGCUGUCCCAGGGGUUUACAGAUGGGAUGGGCUCCAGGCCUGCUCUCACAUUCGUUAUGUUCACUUUGACAGUUUUGCAGAAUGGAUAUUAAUAAAGUUUUGUAUGAAAUUAAAA